GCGACUUUUCCCUCCUGGCUCGUGAGGAGGAGGAAAAUUCAUCCUCGUCACGAUCAUCAGUCGGUGCUAGGACCGCCACCAGUAAGCAACCACGACGUUCGCCUCAAGUUGCCAGGUUUUUCACGAUUUGCGCGAACAAAGAUCUGCCCGAUUGUGUGGUGGAUCUUCGACGGUCGCGAUUCCGGACGUGAUUGAGCGGAAAAUAUUGCAGAACUUGAUCUAGAUUUUCAGUUUGCGUCGUUGUUUGAGUUAUAAACAAGCAAAAGUGAUUGUGUUUGGAUCACGCGAGAUUCUUUGUUAGGCAGUUGUACAGAAGGAAGAGUUGUGGAUUGUGGACAUUUCAAAAGGACAACAAACAGUAAAUCAUUUCAACGUGCGUUUCGCUGUGAUUUACAGCCAGUUGGACAACAAGGGCGACAGCCAGCGUCGGGAAUUUGGUGGAAUUUCCCGCGGAACGAUCAAACAGUUAUCUAAUCAACCACCUAUUUGCAGUCAGCGUGGACGAACGACCGGACGGACAGGCGGACGAGGGGCAGUGACCUAACGUCCCAUAUCCUCAGUCGCCCUUUCCCUCCCGAAACACGGAAAAGAAACGUGAGAAGAGUGAUUUUUCGGUGAAAUGUUGUCAUCAUAAUUUUCACAUGCUUGUUUGGACAGUUGGACGCGCGCACGCUGCGAGCCGAAAAGUCCUCGCCAAGUGUAGUGGAUGUUGGCGUAGCGGGAGGUAAAAAGUAAAAGUGAAAAAUUUAUGUACUAUAUUCGCGCCGGGCGCGCCGCGGUGUUUUUCGAGAACUGGUUUGGAGUGAGGGAGUGACAGUUUUACGACAGGAAAGAAAAGCCGGCAAUUUGUUGUCGCGUUGUUCCGCCGACCUCUCCCUACGUUGCUGCUGCUGCUGCUGCUGCUGCUGUUGUUACAACAACUUACGGAAUACUAAUUGUACAUCGCUGAAAGGAGCAGUGUAUUGCACAGGGUCGCUGCAACUGAGUCGAGAUGGUUCAGGAAAUGCCCAGCAGUAGCGUUCCGGAAGAGCUGUACAACCUCACCCAGCUGGCGGAGGUAUCGAUUGCUGCCGGUAAAUUGAGUACCGCCACCAACGCAUCACCAGGAGAGCAGUACCACCAUCAUCAUCACCAUCACUACCAGGCACAGUACGGUGCAGACAAGUACUACACCUUGCAGCAUGAAUCAGCCGGUUAUCACCCAGCCGAGUACUAUCAGUACGCACUUUCUUAUCACGGUUCGCUUCGGGAAGAUAACGAAGACGGACGAAAAGGCUAUCCAAAUAGUCCAUCGCCUCCGCCGAUUGAACAAAAGAAAGAGCAACAACAGCAACACCUACAGUCUUGCUCAGCCACGAAGAAAAAGUGGAAGACAAACUGGGAGAUCAACCGGAAUCUUAAAUUACAGCAAGCUCAAAGGAUCAACAAGAUAAGGGAUGCAGAUGAACGUGCCGAUGACGAUGACUCGUACGAAACGGGUGGCGGUCUGACGUACUACACUUCGACGAUAAGAGCGGUGGAGAGUGCUACCGAGACGAGUCCGACGAGGUCGGGCAGUAGCAGCCGUGCGCUGACCGAGGAAGAACAACCUCUGAACCGAAGGAGUUCGUACGCUUCGGAAGAAUCGGAGGAUUCUAGUUACUCGUACUCCCAUAAGGUGUUCGAUCGAAAGAAGUCCCGAACGCUAUCGUGGAACAGUGGAAGCAGUUACAGCUAUGGUGAAGACGCUCACCGCGGCGCAGGCGGAGAACGGCUGGAGUACGGAAUCGAUGACCGAGAAUGUCGUGAACUGAGAGAAGCCGGCGAACGUACGACGGCCAGCAGUGGCGAUGAGAUUGGUUCGACGGACGAUGUGCACUGCUGUCCGGAGUGUGGAAAGAAGUAUUCAACGUCUUCGAAUCUGGCCCGGCACCGGCAGACGCAUCGAUCCCUCCAAGACAAGAAAGCUCGCCGCUGUCCGCACUGUUCCAAGGUGUACGUCUCAAUGCCGGCCUACUCGAUGCACGUCCGCACGCACAACCAGGGCUGCCAGUGUCCCACGUGUGGGAAAUGUUUCUCCCGCCCUUGGCUGCUACAAGGUCACAUCCGAACGCAUACAGGUGAGAAACCAUUCAAAUGCAGCGUCUGCCAGAAGGCAUUUGCCGACAAAUCGAAUCUCCGGGCGCACGUCCAAACCCACUCAAACACGAAGCCCCACUCGUGCUCACGCUGCGGAAAGGCCUUCGCCCUCAAGUCGUACCUCUACAAGCACGAGGAUUCGUCCUGCAUGAAGAACAAGCCGGGAAAACACCCGAAGCAAGGUCACACCAAGACUCGCAGGAAAGUCGAGAAGGAGCGGGCCACUGGUGGUUACGACGGUGGCUAUUCGCCGGGCUACGGACACUUCCCGGCGCAUCAUCAGUCACCGCAACAGGCGAUGAGUCCCAUGGAUCUGGCCCUGCAGACGGAACUUCAGAUCAAGAAGGAAGCUGUGCGGGCGAAGAUCCGGGAAGUACUGGAAGACAACUGCAAGAAGUCAGCCCAACUGAAGGCGGCUACCGACAAUCGAAUCAGUGUGAUCCGGACGACGGCCAGUAGCAGUAACCAUCAUGAUGGAUACUACGCAGGACUGCAGACGGAUACUCGGGAAAGCUCUCACGUAGCGGUUGAACGAAAUGACAGUAGUAGAAGCAGCAUCAGUAGCAGUAGUAGUUGUAGCAGCAAUUACGAAUAUCCAAAGAAUUACGCAGUCAUUGCGUAACAUUUUUUCUAGCCCAUAGAGGCAGUCGUUUUUUGUUGGGGGUAAAUAGCAUUUAGAGACAACAUUUUGUAGAUUUUAAGAAUAUUUGCAACGCAAUAGUAUUGGUAAUGUGUCAGGAAGAAGAUUUGUUCGACACAAAAUUUGUGAACUCAAGUGCCAUAAUUUAGCAUUAGUUAGAAAAUGUAAAUACUUAAAUAUUCAUGAACGUACAUGGAUUGUUUCAUUGCGAUUUUACAGCUGGACCAAAAAUACAAUAUUCUCAACAAAAAGCAUUUUCGAAGCGAAGAUCAAUUUCUAAUUUUGUACAAAACCACAGUUUCAAUGCUUUUUGCUUGCUAAGUGUUAGAAGAUUAUUUUUUUAAAUUAUUUCUCUGUAUUUUUAAGUUUUGAUUUUUGUUUAUCAAAAGGACGAGAACGUUCUAGUCUUGCAUUUGUUUUCUUUUAUUGUAUUAGUUUCGUUUCUAACCUAAGUCAGCCGUACCGCUGUAUUUUAACUGUAUAUUUUCUGUGACGAUCAAAUCCGAACGAGUUAUUCUAAUCAUUUGAUUAUUUUUCAGUUAAGGUUCUUUUUUUAUUGUUUAGAAUUUAAGUUUUUCAAGCGUACAACCACGUCUUGUGUCAUAGUUUAGAUAUAAACGACACAUACAAGUGGAGAUACAAACAGUAAGCUGAUUUUCAUGGUGCCAAAAGUAGCCUUAGUAGUACACUCGUAGUAUUGGUAGAAUUUGAUAUGCCUUUUUGACCGAAAAA